GGCGAGUGUAAAAUUCCCUGCUGGCAAUACUCUGCCGUCGCCAUCUUUCUUUUUUCGAGUUCUUUUUCUCUGAAUAUAAGACCGCGUGGACGGUAUUUUCUAAAAGGGAACUACACACAACAACAUGACUAAUUCUAAGGGUUAUCGUCGCGGCACCAGAGACAUGUUCUCUCGCCCCUUCCGCAAGCAUGGUGUCAUCCCCUUGUCCACCUACAUGCGUGUCUUCAAGAACGGCGAUAUUGUAGACAUCAAGGGCAAUGGUGCUGUCCAAAAGGGCAUGCCCUACAAGGCCUAUCACGGUAAAACUGGCCGUGUCUUCAAUGUCACCCCUCAUGCUGUCGGUGUUAUUGUAAACAAGCGUGUACGCGGUAAGAUCCUACCCAAGCGCAUCAAUGUCCGCAUUGAACAUGCCCACCACUCCAAGUGCCGUGAAGAUUUCUUGCGUCGUGUUAAGGAGAACGAACGUUUGUUGAAGGAUGCCAAGGCUAAGGGUACCUGGGUCAACUUGAAACGUCAACCUGCCCAACCCAAAAAGGCUCAUUUCGUCAAACAAAUCGAGGAACCCAUUGUAUUGGCUCCCAUUCCUUAUGAAUUCAUUGCCUAAGUUAUGUUUAACAUAUCUUAAGGUGAUGUUGGAAGAAGGCGUUUUGUUUGAAGUAAUUUUUUACAUGCUGUUGUAGUAGAUCGGAGAUGCUUUUCUAUGAAAAUUAUCCUGUACAUUUAUUUUAAAAGGAAAGAAAUAAAACAAGAAACCUAAUAGUGGAAAUGGAAGGUAAUUCUUCACUGACAAAGGA